GGCGCUGCCGGGCCCCAGGCGCCGCGCUUGGGCCCCGGGAGCAGGCGGGCGGCAUGGCGGGCCGCGGGGACUGCGGGGACGGCGCCGGCGCCCGGCAGCACGUGUUUCUGCUUCCAGAAUAUUUAAAAGAUGCUUCAAAGAAAAUGAAAAGUGGGCUUAUGUUUGUAAAAUUGGUCAACCCAUGUUUAGGGGAAGGAGCCCUUUACUUGUUCAAUAUGUGUCCACAGCAGCUGUUUGAAAUAAAAGUUUUCAAGGAAAAACACCAUUCUUGGUUUAUAAAUCAAUCAGUUCAAUCAGGAGGUCUUCUCCACCUUGCCACACCCAUGGACCCUCUAUUUUUGCUUCUCUACUACCUUCAAAAGGCUGAUAAAGAGGGAAAGUUUCAGCCUCUAGAUCAAGUUGUGGUGGAUGACGUGUUUCCAGAUUGCAUCUUACUGCUCAAACUUCCUGAACUUGAGAAAUUACUUCAACACGUGACAGAGGAAAAGGAAAUAGACAAAAAGAAAUAUUAUAAGUACAGCAAAGAGAAGACAUUAAAGUGGCUGGAAAAAAAGGUAAACCAGACUAUGGCAGCAUUAAAAACCAAUCACAUAAAUGUCGGUGCCCGGGUACAGUCAAGUGCGUUUUUCUCCAGCCACCAAGUUUCCAGUGACAAGGAAGAGGAUUAUAUUUGUUAUGCCCAUGGUCUGAUAUCUGAUUACAUUCCUAAAGAACUAAGUGAUGACUUAGCUAAACAUUUAAAGCUUCCAGAACCUUCAGCUUCAAUGCCAAACCCUCCUACAAAGGUGGCAGCACAAAGACAGAAAAGGAACAAGUGACAGCAGAUCCACACAAGGCUUGAUUGGCUGCUUCUCAUGUCACUUAAGACUCUGCCAGAGGGCUCUGGCUUUUUCUUCUGCACGUUCUAGAAAAUCACCAAAUGCCAAAAGAUGUACACAUAUGUUAAAAAACUAACAUCGACUGCUGUAUUCCUUUGAUCAGUUUCAUUGGUGUGGUGGGUGGUGGCAUAUUGCCUGGACACGAUUCCAUCCUGGAACUUGAAAGCACCCUGGAGUGUGACAUGCCCAUAGUCUGAAGAAUUCAAGGCACCUCACCCCUGGGAGUAGCCCCAGGCCUAUCUCCAUGAAGGUGUGGAUUUCUACGGCAGUCCUUUAGAUUUUAAAACAUCGGCAGGAAAAAGCUCAUUGUGAAAUUCAGGUCAUUUCUUAAGCCUGAUCAUGGUGGCUUGUCCUGCUUUCCUAGGUCUAGGCUAGCAUGUUUUAGGCACGUGGUAACCAUACAUGUGUAGGGAUUAUGAGUACUUCAUUCUACACUAAAAGCUUUGAUGAACCAAUUUUCUACCCUUCUACCCAUAAUACCAGAACAUGUGCAUUUUAUGACCUGCUGAAGUUAUAAGCAUUGCUUCAUUUUUAAAAGAUUUGCUCAGCAUGUAUAUUAUUUUUUAGAGUGAGGGCAUAAGAUACAGAAGAAAGUUUCAAGUAGAUGCCAAAAACUAAUUUAGUGGGGAAUUCUGAUACAUAGUGAAUAUGUUUUAGGGGAUAGUGUGGGGUUUUGUGCAAAAAUGUUCCAGGGGUUUGAGCUGGCUCAUCCAUUUGACAUGCAAGAGUGAUAGGGCAGGUAGAUGGAUAGAAAUGAGCAGGAGAAGGAGAAAUUGAGCCUGUGAGAAAGCCCCUCACUGCAGCUCCCACUUGGGUCACGACCCCUUGCAGCUGCCCAGCAGGAUUCCAGGCUUACACAUCCCCCUAAGGGAUGUGUUUACACGUUUCUAAAUAAAAAAACAAAAAGCCCGGUUAAGAGAGGAAGACAUCCUGCUUAUCAGGUAACACAUGCUGUUUGUCAGGAUCCUCAGUACCUCACUAGCCCAAAAGGAUCCCAGGUUUUCACACACCCCAAAGGUAGGUGUUUACACAUGUCCCCAAAUCAAAGAAAUGCAUUGCUAAAUGCCAGAGGACUAGGCACCUCAGAGAGAGAGAG